CAAAAUAAUUAGUCGUUGAUCAAGUUCCGAGUGAUAAACAUGGACUUCAGUGAUGUGUAUAACUCUGAUGUCAGACUGAAGAAGGAACCAGAUGAUGUUUCCCCAAUUAAAAAUGAAGAUUAUAAGAUAAUUGACAAUGCAUGCGAUGCUAAAAACGACGAAUUCUCGAGUUUUUGUCGAGAAAAUUUAAUUUAUGGGCUUCGUGGAAAUGAUGAAAAUUCUGGACCCAAUAACGAUUUGGAAAUAGAAUUCGAAUGUAAGGACGAGAAGCUUGGCAUUAACUUAUUAGUAGUCAAGAAAAUCGAGGACGAUUAUCCAGAUCAAUGGCAGCAUAUGAAAAAUAGUUGCGAUUAUCAGACUCGGAUGAAAAUUAAAGAAGAAAUUGUCGACGAAGUAAAAGAAGAAUUAAAUUUGGAUGGUGAGCUCAGUGAUGCAUCUGAUGCAAAUGAAAAAACAUUUGCUCAAAAAAGUCUAUGCGAAACCCAAACUGAUAAGGCACGCAAUCGUACCAAAUAUCCAUGUAAUAUAUGCGGUAAAAAAUUUUCACGAAAAGAUCAUCUCAAGGUCCACAUCGAUUCAGUACAUAAUGGUGUUAAACAUGCGUGUGGUGUAUGUGGAAAGUCUUUCACACAAAAACGCUAUCUCAAAAUUCACAUCGAUGCGAUGCAUAAUGGUAUGGCACCUACUUGCGAAGUAUGCGGGAAGAAAUUCUUAACCAAGACUAAACUCAAGAUUCACAUCGAUGGAGUACAUAAUGGUGUUAAACAUGCGUGUGGUAUAUGUGAAAAGACAUUCAGACAAAAAAGAGGUCUAGAGAGGCAUAUCGAGGGACAUAAUGGUGUUAAACAUGAUUGUAGUAUAUGUGGAAAGUCUUUCACACAAAAAUGUCAUCUCAAAAUUCACAUCGAUGCGAUGCAUAAAGGUGUGUCACAUACUUGCGAAGUGUGCGGAAAGACAUUCACACUAAAGGGUAAUCUUAAAAGACACAUGAAUUUAAUGCAUAAUAAGACACAAUAAGAUAUUGUAAUAAGUGCGGCAAGACAUUUUCUCAAAAAGAUCGUCUUAUAACUCACAUUAAAACGCAGCACGAAGACAUUGAUCACGCUUGUGUUUUAUGCGGAAAAAAUUUAAACAUAGAAAAUAUUUAUGCAGACACGUCCAAAGUGUGCAUGAAGGCAAUACCCAAGCACGAGAUCAAUACAAAUGAUCUUAAAACGUACCUAUCAAUACCGUGCAAAAUGAUGAAACAUCGAGACAAAUAAAUAAAUUAACAAAUCAUAAA